AGGUCUACUGAUAUGUCUACUCGUAUAUUACUCGUAUUGUUUUUCCUUGGGUUUUGUUGCUUAUAUAUUUUUUAGUUUUCAGUAGUUUACGUCGUAAAUGCCAAUCAUAUGAAAAAUAAAUUAUCAGGAUCCAUCAGUGUUGUUUUAUUUGCUUUAUUAGAUGUUGUUGCACAAUAAUGGGAAAUGCUGGAAGUAAUCAAACAGUCAGUCAUAGCCAUACUUCAGGUAGAGAUCAUCGUCACGGUAAAGAACAUGCACCACCUUCUCCAGGAAAGGAAAGCCAAGCAUUUGUCUUUGACAAAAAGUCGAAUCAAAAGCUAAUCUUCCAAUCGUCUCAUGAAGAAGAAGAGCCUUAUUAUACAAAAAUAAAUCAACUGGAUGGAGAUAAUUUUACUGGUCUACGUCCUAGAUCAAAUACAGUGUCUGAAGGAACAAAAGUUAGUGAUAGCAAAGUAUUGCCUACAGUUUUUAAGUGGGAAGGUGGUGGAAAACAAGCAUAUAUUAGUGGGACAUUCACAGGAUGGAAAACACUGCCUAUGGUAAAGAGUCAUGGUGAUUUUGUUACUAUUAUUGACUUGCCAGAAGGAGAACAUCAAUAUAAAUUCUAUGUUGAUGGAGAAUGGAGGCAUGACCCUGGUUUGAAAAUAGUUGAUAAUGGUAUGGGUUCUAAGAAUAACUUAGUAUCUGUAAAGAAAUCAGACUUUGAAGUUUUUCAAGCUCUUGCUAAAGAUAGCGAAGGUGUUUCUAAUAGCGUUCAAACCGAAUAUGGUCAAGAAAUACCACCCCAUAAACCAUGGGAGAAGAUAAUUGGACCGCCAAUCUUACCACCACAUUUAUUGCAAGUUAUUCUUAAUAAAGAUACACCGUUAUCUUGUGAACCAACUCUUUUACCAGAACCAAAUCAUGUGAUGUUGAAUCAUCUGUAUGCUUUGAGUAUUAAAGAUAGUGUUAUGGUGUUAUCAGCCACGCAUCGCUAUCGAAAAAAAUAUGUAACUACUUUAUUAUAUAAACCAAUUUAAUGAUUUACAUCAUUCCUACAUGUGUGAUACUUAAUCAUUUUGGAACAAUAUCAUUAUAUGAAUAAUGAAUUGCACUCACUAUUUAAAUAGCAGAAACUGUAGGUAAGCUGAAUUAUAAAUGACAAAAGUUGUUUAACUGUAAAAUAAUAUAAUUACUAUUUAUUAAAGCAAAUCAAGUAUUUUAUAAAUUUUUUAGAAUUGUCAGGAAUAUAAUGCUAUAUUGUAUAUUAUCUGUAAUUAAGCAAAGAAGAGAAGCAAAUUUUGAUUACUGAUUAUUAUUGAAUGAACUUUAUCACUUGACAUAUUAACUAAGGAGUUAUAAGAAUUGCUGUUUCUUAUUAUGUCAAAAUUAGAAUUUAAAUAUCAUUGUUGGUUAUUUCUGAUAGAUACGCAUAAGGUGGUUCAGAUCGUGUUCUAAGAAAAUAAGAUCCACUAGCAGAUUUAUCUACAUGUUCUCCCAUUAAAACUAUCCCAGAAUCAAUGCAAUCACCAUUUAUAUAACUAUCCCAAUUUUCACAUUUUACUGCAGGAAGUCCAGUUUUGGAAUUAAUACUUUCUGUAAAGUACACGUAGGAUCGUCCAUGACUGCAAGCUUCUAAAAUAGAAAAGAUGCAAAUGUGUUAUUUUGAAAUCUUUCGAUGCUAGUUUUGUGAAGUAUUACUUACCCAUGACUUCUGGGAUACAGCAACAACCAGGUUGAACAGCUGUUCCUGCGUUUGGAUAAAAGUCAACUUUACCUAGAGAUUGAAGAUAACCUAGAAUACCACCACAAGAAUGAAUAACGUCAACGAAUAUCGCAUCAGUUAAAUCCAAACGAGUCUUAUCAGAAGCAAGCAUGUGGAAUCCAGGCAAAGCUGGAUCCAAUCCAGUAAUUCUGCCUAAUUUACCAGAAGUUAUUGCAUCUCCAGCAUUACCAGCUACAUGUGCACCCAGAGAAUGACCUAAGAUAUAUUUAACAAUGUAGAAAAAUGUACAUUAUACAACUUUUUCAAUUA